AUUCAGGCAGCCUCCAAUUCAGUCUCUCAGUUCAUUUGUGUGAGCGCAUACUUAAUCUUCCAAAGCAAGUUCCACAAAAUGCCUUCAAAGGUCCAGAAACGACCACGACCCGGUGAAUCAAUGCGAGGUCAGCCGAAGAAAAAGAUUCGCGUCUCUCAAAAACAGAUCUCCAAAGAGCGGAGAGCAUACCACAGUUCUAGUGAGGAGGAAUCUGGGGCCGACCAAUCAGAGCAAGAGUUGGAUGUAGAGGUAUCAGAAACAGUCCCACAGGAUGGCUCGGAUAAUGAAGCUCGAGAUGGCUUUGACGCAGAGGAUCUAGAGGCUGCCAAUGCUUCAGAGGAAUCAGAAGCAGACUCAGAAGGUUCAGAGACCUCGACAACCUUCAACAAAUCAAAGAAGAAGCGACAGGACCCAGAGGUCUUCGCAAACUCUAUAUCAAGGAUUCUAAGCUCCAAAUUGUCGACGUCGAAACGUGCGGAUCCCGUGCUGUCACGAAGCAAGGAUGCCGCCACUGCAAUUAAAGAAAUGGCAGAAGGAAAGCUGGAAGCGAAGGCAAAGAACAAGAUGCGAGAAGAUAAAAGGGCAGCUUUGGAAAAGGGCCGUGUGAAAGAUGUGCUGGCCUUAGACAACGCUGACGAGUCUACAGCUCGUGUUGUUGAAGAGGAGAAGAAGUUGAAGAAAAUGGCGCAGAGGGGUGUGGUGAAACUCUUCAAUGCUGUUCGUGCUGCACAAGUCAAGGGCGAAGAAGCCGUGAGAGAGGCAAGAAAGGCAAAUGUGGUUGGUAUGGACAAGAGAGAUGAAAUGGCUUCAGAGAUGAGUAAGAAAAGUUUCCUCGACUUGAUCUCAAAGGGAGGCAAGAAGCUGUCUACGUCUAAGGCUUGAGCUUGAGCCCCGCCAUGAUUACAGCAGAAUGGAUCCGUCACGCGAAAAGGUUAUCUUAGUAUGCCCGCUUGCGACUUAUCAUCUCGCUGCUGCUGCUACAGGACGCCAGGUCUACAACUCCAGCCUUGGCCAGUAUAUCGAUUGUCUUGUCGAUAACCUUCUCAUCAACACCCUGGGUGUC